UUUCGAAUGAAGUACUGUAUAUUGAAGUCCUGCGAUCUUGAUCACUCGAUAGCUGGUCUCUUCCGAAAAUGCUAAGCUCUGUGUAACCUUCCUUGAGAUCAUUGGGGGAAAGUGCUCACAACCGGUGAAAAAGCGAGUCCUUAUCGUGCUCACGUGACUUCGCUGUGCAAAUGUUUGAGGAUAUCGAAGAUUUAAUCGCCGCUGAAAACGGCAAUGAUGCACAAAGCGGUCGGGGCAGCGUCGCCGUGUACAGGCGGAAACGAAAAUCCGUCGUGCCGGAACAGUAUGACCGUUCGAAUAGUUGCAAUAUUCCUGGAUUGGGGUCAGUUUACAUUAAAACCUGGGGUUGCACACAUAAUGUAUCCGACGGAGAAUACAUGGCCGGACUUCUUUCAAGUUAUGGGUUCAGCCUGGCGCAAAAAGGAGAUGGUGCUGAUCUUUGGCUGCUGAACAGCUGCACCGUAAAAAAUCCCGCCGAAGAUCACUUGAAGAAUGAAAUUCGUCACGCACAAGACAUGGGGAUUCCUGUCGUAGUUGCCGGCUGUGUUUCGCAAGGAGCACCGAAGUCAGAGUAUCUGAAAGGUCUUUCAAUCCUUGGCGUACAGCAAAUUGACCGAGUGGUUGAAGUUGUUGAGGAAACUUUAAAAGGGAACUCCGUGAGGCUGCUUGCGCCGAAGAAGGAAAAGGGAAAACGCGUUGCCGGACCGUCGCUUGUUCUUCCAAAAAUUCGGAAAAACCAAUUGGUUGAAAUAAUUUCGAUCAAUUCCGGUUGUUUGAACCAUUGCACUUACUGCAAAACUAAACAUGCUCGUGGGAAUCUUGUCAGCUAUCCUGUGGAGGAAAUCGUUGCGCGUGUCGAUCAAGCUAUCGCAGAAGGGGUAAAAGAAAUAUGGCUUACAAGCGAAGAUACGGGCGCCUAUGGUAGAGAUUUAUUCUCUUCGUUACCGGAGCUCCUAGAUGCUGUAGUGGAACAUAUUCCAGAAGGAGCUAUGUUGCGACUUGGGAUGACAAAUCCGCCGUACAUUUUAGACUACCUCGAGGAAAUCGGAAAAAUUUUAAAUCACCCUCGAGUUUACGCAUUUCUUCACGUUCCCGUGCAAUCUGGAAGUGAUGCGGUACUGAAAGAGAUGAAGCGAGAAUAUUGCAGAGCGGAUUUCGAGCGCGUUGUUGAUUUUCUUCGAGAGAAAGUGUCAGGGAUAUCAAUCGCAACCGAUAUAAUCUGUGGCUUCCCUACCGAAACAGAACAAGAUUUCGAGGAAAGUUUUGAGCUUUGUAAACGAUACAAGUUUCCAAGCUUAUUCAUCAAUCAGUUUUAUCCGCGACCGGGAACUCCUGCUGCUCGAAUGAAGAGGAUACCUACCCACAUCGUGAAGCAAAGAAGUAAAGCCUUAUCGGACUUGUUCGCGAAUUACAAUCCGCAUGAAGGACGAGGAGGCAAGAAAUAUCGUGUACUUGUGACUGACCUAGCUCACGAUAAGCAUCACCUGGUGGGACACAAUAAAUUUUACGAACAGAUUCUUUUGCCGCCGGAGGAUGGGUUAAUGGGCUCGACCGUGGACGUCGAAGUAGUUUCUACUGGUAAACAUUUUAUGAUGGGGAAGGUGUUGGGCAAGUUCGAGCAAAAUGGGGUUCGAGGAGAGGUUUCUGGUCAAUCAGCCGACCUCAAUUUUCUGUCCGUCGUGAAGCAAUUUUCUGGAACGCUGGUGUUUUUUGCUCUUUUUGUUGCCAUAGGAGCUUUUAUGCUUCUACAUUCAUCGAAUUUGGGGUGGAGAGAUGCCCUCUGA